AUGCUACUGCUCCACGCUAGAAGGCUAUCGCCAGAGCGAAGCUUGGGAGCUUUCCAGCUUGCGCAUUUGCUCAAAAAGGUGCACGACCACACCCGCCAAUCUAAGCUUGUUUUUAACCUUGAGGGCUUCGAUCCUGUAGUUAUAAGUUGGCCGUGCCGUCCCGUUGUUUCAAUAGACCUGAAACCAUCUCUCAUCAUCAAAAACGGAAAUACCACAAGUGCUUCUACUCUACAACAAUGUCCCGAGCGGCUUUCGCACAACAAUGAAGCAUGCCCCAAGGAGCAUGCAAACCUCCAGGCGGCCGCGAAGACUGAGCCCAAGGACAAGACCGGCCGUCUCGUAGCCAGAGACAGCUACAUUGUCAAGACAUAUGUGCACAUUGUUACCAGUACUGCAGCCGCUGCCAGGGCUAUCACGGAUGAAACCAUCAAGAAGCAAAUCAAGGUGCUCAAUGAUAACUAUGCCGCCACUCAUGCCAUCUUUGACCUCAAGGGGACCACUAGAAGUGUAAAUGCUACGUGGGCCACCGACUACGAUGAGGAGUGGAUGAAGCGCGACCUCCGCCAGGGCAACUAUGCCGACCUCAACCUAUACUACCUGGAGGAGCUCGAGGACGACAACUUGGGAUACUGCUACUACCCCGUUGCCCAUGCCAAGCCUGGAACCGAUGACUUUGACUUGGACGGCUGUGCUAUGCGUCUCGACACUCUGCCUGGUAACAAGGGCGCAUACGGUCUCGGCAAGACAACGACCCACGAGGUUGGCCACUGGUUCGGCCUCGCACACACCUUUGAGGGCCGCUGCACGAGCCCCGGUGAUGAGGUUGACGAUACGCCCGCCCAGGCAAGCGAGUCUUCAGGGUGCCCGAAGGGCCGAGACUCGUGCCCGACGCUGGGUGGCCCGGAUUCUAUUCACAACCACAUGGACUACAGUGACGACUCGUGCUAUGAAGGCUUUACUGUUGACCAGCAGGCUCGCAUUCGCAGCAUGUGGUACAUGUUCCGCGCUGGCAAAUAA